AUGUUUCACUCCAACGCUGCGCCAAUUGAUGUGGUCACAUACGGGAAUCGGAUCUUGAAUUAUAAAAAAUACUGUAACUACCGUGUAAGCGAUGUCUAUAUACAAACAUAUCGACGUGGUCAUCGUUCAAUCAUUUCUAUCACUCGCUUUAUCUUGGGAGGUCGUACAUAUUUACAUACAACCUAUUAUGAUAUAGUCAGUAACAAAUGCACUUAUACAACACGUAAAAUAAAAGAGCUUUUCGUAGCGGGUGCAAUAUCAUUACGGCUUGAUGUUGAUUCAGAAAAGUUCCAUCCAUUCAUAGACGCCGCAAGAUCACACGGAGGCUGGCAAGGUAAAACGUGGUCGAUUAGUCAUUAUUCACGGAGAUCCGAGGAUGGACCUAUUGUACAUCGCAUAAGUUACCGUUUAGAAAGAUUUCUUAUAUCACCUAUUGUAAAUAUAGAUAAACAAUUCCGUGAUACAAAUCAUCCACCACCGUCACUCAGUGCCUGUAGUACCAAGGUCAGUAUUGGGAUGGGUAGAGACUGGGCGCUAAUGUGGAUCAAACAUGGGUGUACUUGCUCGAAAUUCAUGUAUUCGAUACCACCAGUUGAGGAGGGGAAAUUCAAACCGAAACCUAUCCUGGAGUCUCCAUAUAAUUUUAUAUCAGAUGUGAAACGUUAUAAUACUGCGAGGCACAAAAUCGUGGCCAUAGAUAUCUCUAGCACGUUCACCAGCGUCCCAGAUAUUGUCAUUCUAGCCAACCUAAAAAGGGGAGAUUGGCUGUACACGCAACACAGCUUUGUACCCAUAAUGGACCAGAACUUUGUAUUAGUCAAGGUUGUAAAUUCGGAGAAGCGCUGCGAGAUAUACGAAACAGAUGAUGAAACAUUCGUGACGCACGUCGAAGUAUUCGAUCAUGUCAAAAGCGACUCGCAAUACGUGGUGGUAAACAUCGCCACGCCAUCUAAAACUGCAAGGCUGGGCGAACCUCGAUUUGAAAAAAACAAAAGGGUCUACAAACCCAUUGUCUUCGGAGAAAUCUUGAGGUACGUUGAACUCGCCAAUAUAUGGGUGGAUCCGUAUCUAGACAUGCUCUAUAACAUCCCAAUAGGGCCUGGCGCUGAUAAACAAGAUGCACGUGAGAUAAUGGUGGACACGCUUUUAAUGUGA